GGGUUUCGGUUAAGGUCUUGGUCGUCUUCUUAAAUGCUUAAGAGAACGAUAGCCUGUGCAUUUCCGAAUUGCACACACUGCACAGAGAGAGAGAGAGAGAUGGAGAGAGCCAUCAAUAGACAGAGAGUUCUGCUGGAACAUCUUCGUCCCUCUUCUUCUUCAUUCUCGUCUCGUCAAGGCCUGGAUUCUUCCCUCUCUGCUUCGGUUUGUCUGUCCGGAGAUAGCGCUGCUUAUCAUCGGACAGCUGCUUUUGCAGAUGAUAUUGUAAUUGUGGCUGCAUACAGGACUGCCAUUUGCAAAGCAAAACGUGGUGGUUUCAAGGAUACCUUUCCGGAUGAUCUGCUUGCUUCUGUUCUGAAGGCAGUGAUACAGAAAACAAAUUUGAACCCUAAAGAGGUGGGAGAUAUAGUUGUUGGUACGGUUUUGGCACCGGGUUCAGAAAGAGCCAUUGAAUGCAGGAUGGCUGCGUUCUACGCUGGUUUUCCUGAAACCGUACCCAUCAGAACAGUCAAUAGGCAAUGCUCGUCUGGUCUCCAAGCAGUUGCUGAUGUUGCCGUCUCCAUAAACGCAGGACUUUAUGAUAUAGGCAUUGCUGCUGGAGUGGAAUCCAUGACAGUAGACCAGAUUAGCAGGCCUCACAAAGUUAACCCACGUGCGCAGAGCUUUCGUCAAGCCCGAGAUUGUCUUCUUCCCAUGGGAAUUACUUCUGAAAAUGUUGCAGAAUACUAUGGUGUUACCAGGCAAGAGCAAGACCAGGCUGCUGUUGAAUCUCACAAGCGCGCCGCUGCAGCAACCGCAUCUGGAAAAUUCAAAGAUGAAAUUGUUCCAGUUUCUACAAAGAUUGUCGAUCCUAAAACUGGUGAGGAGAAGCCUGUUACCAUUUCCGUGGAUGAGGGAAUUCGACCAAACACAAAUAUAGCAGAUCUGGCAAAGUUGAGGCCUGCGUUCAAGAAGGAUGGAUCCACGACCGCUGGGAACGCCAGCCAGGUGAGUGAUGGUGCCGGAGCAGUCCUACUCAUGAAGAGAAGUGUCGCCAUGCAGAAGGGACUUCCAAUUCUUGGUGUGUUUAGGAGUUUUGCCGCUGCUGGGGUGGAUCCUGCCGUCAUGGGCAUCGGCCCGGCCGUAGCGAUUCCAGCUGCAGUGAAAUCCGCUGGCCUUGAGCUCAAUGACAUUGACCUGUUUGAAAUAAACGAGGCAUUUGCAUCCCAGUUUGUUUAUUGCUGCAAGAAGCUGGCGCUUGACACUGAAAAAGUAAAUGUCAAUGGAGGUGCAAUAGCUCUCGGGCAUCCUUUGGGCGCUACAGGCGCCCGCUGUGUUGCAACCUUGUUGAAUGAGAUGAAACGUCGUGGCAAGGGCUGUCGAUAUGGUGUGAUUUCUAUGUGCAUAGGCUCGGGCAUGGGAGCUGCUGCUGUAUUUCAAAGAGGUGACUCUGUUGAUGACUUCUGCAAUGCUCGAGUUGUCAGCGACAACAAUCUGUUGUCAAAGGAUGCCCAUUAGACUCAUAAGAUGGCAUCGAGAUUUGUCAUUCAAAGUUUCCGAGUGAUCUGAAAAGGCGGAACAGAAUAGAAUCGGCUUAAAUAUAACUGCAGCAGUAAGCAUAUAUCAUAUAUAUCGUUCUACAGUGGCUUAAAUACAAGUAGUCUUCGCUUUUCUCUUUGGAGUAGAAUAAACUCAUCAACCACAUCCAAUUCCAUAAUGCAAUGUAUUCCUGAAAGCGAUGAGCUACUAAAUAAAGACCGUCAUGUUUGAUGA